UGUCAUUCCGUUUGCAACACAUCGAAAUAUUCUUCUGAGACUCCUUAACCUAUAUAUGUAUAUCAAUGAUCUAUGUUGAGUCAUGUGAAAAGGGAAAAAACCUCAAAAUAUAUCCAAGAGUUUGUACUAAACUAGAGUUGGUUAUACCUACCUCUGGAAAAAAAAACUCUUAUAAAUCCCAUAGUUUUAAACUAGAGUUGUUCCCAAUUUGUCCAUAUAAGUAUAGCCCCAUGUAAGUAAAGCCCAUUUGACCAUAAGUCAAAUUUUCAAUGGUGAAGGGUGUAAAAAGUUCACCCAGCCCAUCUCGCCGUCAUUUCAUUUCUACUUGUUAUCUUUAUUUCCUUCCAUUUGCUUUGGUUUCUUAGCCAAGUUUCUCAGUACGUACGACAAUGUAUAAAAUAUAAUAAAAAAAUGAAUUGCUGUAAAAGUUGGAUAUUUAACAAAAAUAUGGAAUAAGUGAGAGGCAUGGUUCUGAUUAGUCAAUAAAUAAAGUAAAUACUAAACAAAAUAACAAAUUAGUUGCAAAAAUAGACGUCAAAAAGGUGAUUUCAUUUCGGGAAAUUUCGUGUCAUUUUUCCGGUAAAUUCAAUAAAAAAUUUAUUUACAAAUUCAUCGACCAAUUAUGGCCAGAAGUAAAAACGAAGGUUCCCUCACGCUGAGUCACACAUCAACCUAAGCAUGAUUGAUUGGACUCCAACACGAUGUGCAUCAGUUGUGCAAUCUAUAGUCUUGACAAUGAAGCCUUCAGACAAAGAUAUGGAAAAUAAGAAAACCCAUAAAACCCAUGCAUUUUUUAGCUAAACUGGAAGAGUUCUAAUGAAAAGCGGUAGAUAGAAGCCUCUUCUUGAAACUCGUCGUUAUGUCUUCUUUCUUUCCGGCAACAAUACCAAGGAUACUCAUAAAUAAGGAGGAACGGAAUGCAACAUACAAUUAAGACAUCCAACAGUCCUUGCGAAGAAGAACAUUUAUAUGGCAUCCAAAGGACUGAUGGAAGUGAAUGCUCGGCAACCGGAGAUACAGGAGGAGGUGGUGGAGACAUUGACAAUACAGCCGGCGAUAGCAGCUCGCCAAACACAAAACAGUCGUUAUGUAAACAGGGUGCUUUGAACAAAAUAAAACCCAACAAUGUACACUCAGUGGCCUCGACAAAAGUCCUUACAGAGGGACAUGAUAUCAAAAAGGAGGAGCCAUCUUCACCCGUGUCACAACUAGGAUUUGUGACAAACUCUGGCAUAUCCCACUGUGAAAAUGACGAUCGUGGCACUAACAUACCGCUUAACGCCUCACCCUCCACGUUUCCCAGAAGUAUUAGCUGCAAUGAACUGGAAGAGAAUUCCACAAGUGCUAGUGUUAAUAUACCAGGCAGUUCCAUUGAUGGUUGUGGUCUCUUGAAUACAAACAUAAGACCAAAGUCUGAAGAUGGAUGUGUUGCAUACAUUUCGAAUUUGUCGAAAAAUUUGAACACACCCAUAGGAAACAAUAACCCAACCCAACAACGGCAGGCGGAAAAGCAGGGUCUGCUUAAUUCAACUAGCCAUAAUAGUGAGUUCUUGCAACCCCAAAAUCAUGUAUUCGUUUUUUCCACCCAACUAGCCAAUAAAAGUGCAGAAGCAGUACUAAGUGGUCAGUUUCCAACAAUCAUAGCUUAUCACUACAUGCAGCCAUCCACGAAAUUAUUUCUAGAAGACUUUUUAAAAAAUCCCUCCAGGGCAUCCAAAUUACAACGUCAGUACUCAGUGAAUAUAAUAAAUGCUAUGAAUUCAGCUGGCGGAGGUGGAAAUGGCCCAUGUGCGGGUCCCCAGCCUUAUUGGCUGAAUGAAUGCAACAAUUCUGGCACACCAUCAAACCGCCAAGGGUUGAGUAGUGCCGCCGGACCAGACAAAACAAAACCCUUGUGGGACGAGACAAUGAAUCCAUUUGAUUUGUUGGGAGCCAAUGAAUAUUUUGAGAAUGCAAAAGCAGCCGCCAUUAUUGGCGGUAUGCGAAUGGAAGACAGGACAAGUAUGAUACCAUCUCUGCAAGGGAUAAAAGUGCCGGAUGAAAAUCUCACUCCACAACAGCGGCAGCACCGCGAGGAGCAAUUGGCCAAAUUGAAGAAAAUGAAUAAAUUUCUAUUUCCUGAAAAUGAUUCGCAAACCUUAACAACACAAUUGCCCGCUGCAGGACCCUCUGGAAAUUCUGCUGAUGGGUUGCACAAUCCUUCAGGAAAUUGUCCAGAUGCUUCUAAUAAAAUGUUUCAGCAAUCUUUGCGCCAUUUGCGUGGCAAUGUGGGAAGUGAACCAAGCAUUCCUUCCGGUGGCCUACAAUCCAGUAGUAAACAAUCGAAUCUACCAAAAACGAAUCUGAAAGACAGGACUUCAUGUGAUGCAGGCAACGAACAAAGCAAUCGUUCGUCUAACAUGGCUGCCUCCUUUGGCAUGGCCGAUAAGAGCUCUGCUUCCGAAGGAAACAUUAAGGAAACUAUGUUGGGAUCAUCCAACCUCAAUAUGACCCAAGAUCAGUGGAAUAAAUUUCAAAACAACUCAUUUCCGGAUAACUUGAAGAGCCGGGAAACAAACAUUGCCGACAUCCAGGCGGGUGGCGGACCUACGCUGUCACGGUCCAUGUCGAUGGGAUCAAGUGCUGGUGGUUAUAGCGUGCCGCCGUCUCGUUCAAACACUACAACAAAUAACGACUGCAACAAAGGCCCUCUCCCACCGUCUACAUACCAGCAAACACAGCGAUCGGUUUCAGUACCAAUAGCUACACCAUCUCCAACGAACAUUAACAGUUCUAGCCAAGAUAUGGCACUGACAUCGCCACAAAGAACAAACCCGGAUGUGGUGGCAAACACAUCUGGCAACACAACUCAAUCCACCCAGUCGAAUGCAACAACAUCAAGUGGAAUCCCAGGUCCCAGUAACAAUGGCGGCUCCAGUCUCCAUACUCUACCACCACCAAUGACUUCCGAAGAAAUGGAUAGCCUAAAAUCAAAAGAAAUUAGUCCCCAGCAGAAAUUUAAAGGACACAACGGAAAUGAUAUCCCUCCCAACAACAGUUGCAUGGAUGUGAAAUACAACAAUUUCCAUUUGAAUUAUCCUGCAGGCGGUAAUGUUAUGGCUCCCACUGUUCCACAAAAUAUGCAGCGUCACAGUAUGCAGCAGAUGGCUCCUCAGUUGUGUCGUCGCAUCGACAACAUGCCAUUAAAUCCAAACUGUAAUCGCUUGAAUCAAAAUAAAAGCGGAGGCCAUUUUGAUCCAAUAUCUUCCCUUGCCCAAAUGUCUCAGCAAUUGACUGGUUGUGGCAUGGGUUUAAAUUCAAUGGGACCUGGAGGUGGUGCAGGAGGAGGCCUUUUGGAGGGUGAUGACCUUUUGCUGGCACAUUCUGGCCAUGUUAAUGAUCGCACUUUAGGCCACUGUAAUCAGUUUUCAAAUGCUAAUCAUUUGAGCAUGAUGGGAAUGGGUAUGAGUGGCGGUGGAGCAAAUAGACCUGGCCAAUUCCAUGGCGACAUGAACAACAUGUUAUGUGGCGAACGGAUGGAUGGACGCAUGCUAAAUGGCAAAAUGUAUGUACCUAAUAUGGCGGGACACUUCAAUCCAAAUUCUAUGAAUGGUAAUCUUGCCGACCACCAUGAUUUGUUAUCGCCGAAUCGCCAGUCAUUUGGUCGUCGCCUUCCCACGACAUCUUCCAAUGUCCAGAUCAAAGCGAAUGCCCCAAAUACGAUACAAUACAUGCCGGUGGUCAGGUCUCAAAACAUCAACAAUAUGAGGAUGGCGCCGAAUAAUGAUUUCUUUCAAAGCUACUCAAAUCAACAAAUAAUGGGAAAUGUGGGUGCUGGUCAUCCCACUGGCAUCGGGACAUCUUCCGGUGGCAUGUCUAAUACGAAUAUGAUGAAUAUUUUCGCCAGCUCUAAUCAAAUGCAACAACUAGCUAUUGGCAUGGGUGGCGACGUUAAUGGAGGUUUUGAGCCACACGAUUUGGAGUUAGAGGGAAAUCUUCACCAGCCCACUGACGAUUACAUGAAUGUGCACUGAAAUCUGAGAAGUCAGAAUGUCAGUAUUCUUUUUUUCUCAGAUUACCAUUGACGAUUUUCCGAAUUACAUGGUCAUUCCCAUGGUCAAAAAUGCAAGUCAACUGUUUUAUUCUACAAAGCAGAAUGCAAAACUUGAAGUGAUUCCGACAAACGUUUGUUAGAUGGAAACUAAGAUACUACCCUUAAAGGAGGGCCGACCUAUCUGACAGAUAAGGCGUUUGUUAGAAAAAAAAUGUUUGAUACAUUUUUCUUGCGUGAGCAGCCCCGAAACUUCAUCACUUAGGGGUAUUGUCUUGUUGAUCCUGCAUUAAAGCAAAAUAUAAACAUAAAUUAUUCAUACACAAGUCUAGAUAUUACACUUGGCUAGGGAAAUUUAUCAGAAAAAAAUAUAAAUCACAUAAAAAACUUUUCACCUUUACAUACAUAUUAUGUAUAUGCAUAUUACAUACCAACAAUUCAUUUUAAAUGAAAGUAGUAUUACUAU